AUGAGCGAACCUGGAACAUCAACAUCGUCCGAUCAGCCAACGACAACUUCUGAUGAUUGGCAGAUUGAGUAUAUGAAUCCGUUUCCACCGGAACUUGAGGAAAUCAACGAAGAGCUAUCAGAUGAGGAGGAUGAAGAGGAAAAAGAAAGUGAAGACGAUCGACAAGGAUCGAUGUCCCCAGAUACUUUAGAAAAUUGGAAGUUACUUCCACCGGAUGAUCAAUUCGACCUCUCGAUGUGCUCUUCGGAUUCCAAGAAAAAAGUGCGAUCAUUGAAUCUGGGAAUCGAAAUGGAGCUUGUCCAGAAGCAGGAACUACCGUCGAAAUUCCGACAGAUCACCAACUUUUUCAGAAACAAAAUCUGGAAAAAGUUCCUAGUUCGGAAGAUUAAUGGGGUUGAUUAUGAAUUGCAGAAAAUUCACCACAACGACUUCAGAAUCGACUACACCUACGACGGCUUCACGUAUCGAGUAGUCAACUUCCGCAAAGAAUUCCGAAUUUUCACUCAUAAUACUCCAUCCACCUACAAAAAUCUUUUCCGUCACCACUUCUUCAUUUUCCCAAAUCCCGCCCCUCUAUUCUACAUGGAUCUUCGUGGAAUUCAACCACCGGAUUCAGAAGUCGCUGCUAAAAUGAUUGCUCUUUACGAACAAUGUCGGAAAUGUGAAUGUUUGGCUAUUGCGAUUCGAAGCGAUGAGUUUGUGGAGCAAGCUCAUAAGAUUCUUGAGAUGAUGGCUGAUUUGAAGAAUCUCAAUAUUGAUAUCUCACUAAGUGAAACGGAGUUUUUCAGUCCAAGACUAUGCCAAAUCGAUCAUCUCAAUGUGACUUAUAACAAGAAUAGGAUCUCUGAAACAAAUCUUCUGAGCUUGGAUUGUCAAACUAUCAAAUUCUGGUCCGUCACCAUCACAGCAACCGCUUUGAACUCUUUUAUCAAAAAGUGGUUGGAAUCGAAAAAUUCGAAAUUCAAAUUCCUCGAAAUCCCUAUAAUGACCCUGGAUCCAUGUGAUGCAAAUCCCAGGAGAAUAUUGAUGGAUUUGGACUAUCUGGAAUUCGAUGAAAUGCAAAGAGCGGCGUUCUAUAAACCAUACGAUUGGAAUUUCGAAUACAAUUGCACUGGAAAAUACCGUCAUAUCAACUGUCUCAAAGGGGUGGAUGUGAAACGAAAAGAUGGAAAGAUAGCUACGAUUGUCUUUUCCACUUCAUUUUUCUAUUUUCUCGUCUGGCAUGACCGUUUUCCAGAACAACCCGAAAAUCAUCUCCCGUUUUGUGAUGCAUAA